UACCUUUCUUCGUUUAGUAGUUUUUACGUCUUUGUUAUUUAUUCUCUCCUUUUGUUCUUUUACAGUCUUAUUUAGGCUCGCUUUUACUCUCAUUCAUUUUCUUAGCCUAUUUUAAGUCGUUAUAAAGAUAAAAAUGCUGACCACUCGUUCUCCACUGAAAAACAACACCGAGAGUAAUAUCUCCUCUACUAAGUUUGAAAACAUGUCGCUGUGUGACAAAGAAAACACGCCGCCCAGUUUGAACACGACCCGGAUUCUGGCUUCUAAAACCGCGCGCAAAAUCUUUGACGAUGCUGAACAGAAACCAAAGAACUCCAGCUUACAAGAGGAGCCUCUUCUAAAGGACAACCCACGCCGCUUUGUCAUCUUCCCUAUUCAGUACCAUGACAUCUGGCAGAUGUACAAGAAGGCCGAAGCAUCAUUCUGGACUGCUGAAGAGGUUGACCUGUCUAAAGACAUUCAGCACUGGGAGUCUCUGAAAGACGAGGAGCGAUAUUUCAUUUCUCAUGUCUUGGCAUUCUUUGCUGCAAGUGAUGGCAUCGUCAAUGAGAAUUUGGUGGAGCGCUUUACUCAGGAGGUCCAGGUCACUGAAGCACGCUGCUUUUAUGGUUUCCAAAUUGCCAUGGAGAACAUUCAUUCAGAGAUGUACAGCCUUCUUAUUAACACGUACAUCAAAGAUCACCAGGAGAGGGAGUAUCUCUUCAAUGCCAUUGAGACUCUUCCAUGUGUCAAGAAGAAGGCUGACUGGGCCAUCAACUGGAUUGGAAACAAAGAUGCUCAAUAUGGUGAGCGAGUGGUUGCCUUUGCUGCUGUAGAGGGAAUCUUCUUUUCAGGCUCUUUUGCUGCUAUUUUCUGGAUGAAGAAGAGGGGUCUUAUGCCAGGCCUUACCUUCUCCAAUGAGCUGAUCAGCAGAGAUGAGGGUCUUCACUGUGACUUCGCCUGUUUAAUGUUCAAGCACUUGGUAAACAAGCCGUCAGAAUUGACAGUUAAGAAGAUUAUUAUGAACGCAGUUGAAAUCGAGCAGGAGUUCCUGACUGAGGCUUUGCCAGUGAAGCUGAUUGGCAUGAACUGUGACUUGAUGAAGCAAUACAUUGAAUUUGUGGCUGACAGGCUGAUGUUGGAGCUGGGCUUCAACAAGAUUUACAGAGUAGAAAACCCAUUCGAUUUUAUGGAAAACAUUUCCUUGGAGGGAAAGACGAACUUCUUUGAGAAGCGAGUGGGAGAGUAUCAGCGCAUGGGGGUUAUGUCUGGUUCCACAAAUAACACCUUCAGACUUGAUGCUGACUUCUAAACCCAUAACUAAUAAAUGAACACUUACAUGAAAUCACACUUGAAACUGGUUCCUGGACCGUCAUACAUUCCCACUCAGCAGGACUGUUGUCUGUAUUGUAAAUGUUGAACAGGGAGGGUUAUGUGGGUAAGGUUGCAAAUGCAGUUGUUGGGUGCUUUUUGUUUUAUAAAGUAAUGAGCAACUGGUGUUAGCAUAUUUAUAUAUUGUACAGAUUACAUAUUUUCUGUUUUUAAAUGUUUUUUUUUCUGGUUUUGUAUAAUUUGUUCUGCUGUUGUCUGUAAAUAAAUUUUUGAUGGAAAAAUAAGUAAA